AUGACAGCGGCCCAAGCUGAAAAUCCAAUCCUCAAGUCACUGAAUGCGGCUCAGCGCCGCGCCGUUACCUCCAAUGCGUCGACAGUCGCCAUUCUAGCCGGCCCCGGCAGUGGCAAGACGCACACUCUAACGUCACGCGUCGUGUGGUUGAUUCAGCAAACUGGGCACCAGCCGUCAGACAUCGUCGUUGCGACAUUUACGGUCAAGGCGGCCCGGGAAAUGAAAGAGCGGAUUGGAAAGGUCCUUGGCCCGGAUUGUGAGAGAAAGAUUGUGCUCGGCACUUUUCACUCCAUUGCUCGGCGGUACCUUAGUGCCUAUGGUAAACACAUAGGCCUCGACUCCAAGUUUGGCAUUGCGGAUGAUGGCGAUUCGCGGGCAGUCAUUCAGCGGAUAUGCAAGCGGCACGACUUCAACAUUGAUCCGGGAUAUGCAAGGUCAUGGAUCAGCAAGAAAAAGGCCAAGGGUCAUGCAACGGAAUCAGCCUCAAACAAGAAGCAGCCUGAGAAUCCCUCCUUAAACGAGUGUUACAGGGAGUACCAGGAGCACUUGGAACGAUCAAACCUAUUGGACUACGACGAUCUACUAGUGCGCUGUGUCGAGCUUUUGAGGGAAUAUCCCGCCUGUGUUUCAAAUAUUCAGGCUGUGCUCAUUGAUGAGUACCAAGACACAAAUGGCAUUCAGUAUGAGUUGAUGAAACUUUUUGCGCAGGCUCGCCAACGAAUAACGAUUGUUGGUGAUCCCGAUCAAAGCAUCUAUGGCUGGCGAUCGGCCGAGAUCCGAAAUUUGUACCGUCUGCUACGGGAUUAUCCCGACACUGAUGAGAUAUCCCUGGAGGAAAACUAUCGAUCAUCUCAGUCAAUCCUCGACGUCUCAUUAACAGUCAUUCAGCAAGAUAAGAAGAGAUACCAAAAGGUCCUUUUGCCAGUCCAUAAUAAAGGUGCAAGACCGGUUUUGCGAAAGCUAAAGAGUUCCGCCGCGGAAGGAGACUGGAUCGUCUCUGAGAUUAGACGGGCCGUCAUGAUGUUUGGGGACAUGCUUACAUACGAAGACGUGGCUAUUCUACUGAGAUCUGCCUCUCUCUCUAGACACAUUGAGGCGGCAUUGGGAAAGGCGGGGCUGGCAUAUCAAAUGAUUGGAGGCCACAAGUUUUAUGAACGGAAGGAAAUCAAGAUUUUGCUGGAUUACUUGCGCGCAAUCUAUCAGCCGGAUAAUAACGACGCCAUUGCCCGAAUCAUUAAUGUUCCGCGUCGAGGAAUCGGAGACACGACGAUCAAACGACUCAUAGAAGAGGCCGAGCAACUGAAAAUAAGUCUCUGGUCGCUCUUGAGAAAGCACUGCCAGGGUAGUCGUAAAGCGACGACAAAGAUACUGCCCAAGAUGGAGCAAAAGCUCAACACCGAGCUGCUGAGAUUGAUAUCAAAUCUUCAGACCCAAGCCCAGCAAAUCACAGAGAAGUCUCAACAUACCCUGGUUGAUCUAAUUGAAAAGUUGCUGUCACAGCUUGAUUUUAAACAAUAUCUCGAGUCGGAGUAUCCCGAAGACCAUGAGCAGAGAUGGCAAAGCGUUCAGGAAUUCCUCAGCUUGGCAAAUGAUUUUGUACGCGAUGCAGCAAAUCUAGAGGAUGAAAUGCUGCCUGAAAUCGACCACGUCGAUCAGGUGAAAGACGACAGCAUCUUGGGCCGCUUUCUGGCAAACGUGGCGCUGGCAUCAGAUGCCCAGAAAAACGACGAAGGGGCAGAGAAGAAGGCAGUGAUAACUAUCUCGACUAUUCAUGCUGCCAAGGGGCUCGAGUGGCCCAUUGUGUUUGUUCCAGCAGUCUAUGCCGGCUCCAUCCCCCAUUCAAGGGCCGAGGACUUGGACGAAGAAAGGCGACUCCUCUAUGUGGCCAUGACCAGAGCACAGGCGCUGCUUUACCUCAGCUGUCCCUUAUACGGGUCUCAAGGCAUGGGUACAAAGGUCGAGUUGUCGCCUUUCGUCUCACCAUUCGCCUCAACGGCCUUUUCCAAGCAAGGGGCAUCGUUCAAUAGACCCAUCUUAGAAGGGGUCGCAAAAAUUCUUGGAAGGGAUCUCCCCAGCGAGAAAGCAAUCUUUGCCAAACUCCCCGCCAUGUUCUCCCCAGAGGAUAAUCUGUUUCCCGUAGAUCCAAUUGACACUAGAGGUGCAGAGGGUCCAGAAGACUCAGAAGGGCAUCGUCCAAAGGGCCCCAAGAGGCAACGCUUAAACAACCAGGGCUAUGGUAACGACGACGAGGAAACCGCCGAGGAUCAGCCAUGGAAGAAGGAAUACAGCACAACCAUGGAACAAGCAUCCAACUUUACCAUGGCUUCCUUACCAGGGUUCACGUCGGCCGGGGCGCAUCAAAACGCCCUCUCCGCAGCAGCUGCUGCUGAAGCAGAAAAGGCGGCGGCAGCCAAGAAGGCUGUCAAAAUGGGAACAACUCGUCGAAAGGCAGACCAGACCAGCCUCCUUGGAUUCGUAACCACGGCGUCAAAGAAACCAGCGGCUCCAGGCGGCGGGUUCGGCGGUCCAGACGCGUCCAUGGCUCGAUAUCAGCUCGCGGCGUCUCGAUCCGCAGCUAGAAUGGCGGCCGAGACGAAGGCGCGUGAGCUCCCAAAGCUACCCGCCGUCGACCCAUCGUUGGCGAAACACAAGCUCGCCAGCGGCAAUGCCCUAAACAGGCCCAGCGUCGUUAAGAUGGAAGACGACGAAGGCUCCAAAAAGCGGUAUCACUGUUUCUCCAGCUCUCCACCAAGACCAGCUGAAGCCGAAGAGGUGAAGGAGGAACAACAGACAACCACGCAAGAGGUUUCCGUUCCCGAUCGCCCUGCCACGAGCUUUCACAGGACGACGUUUGUUUCUGCCGCUUCCAGGGGCGGCGUCAGGCGUCCGGUGGGCUUGGGUCCGCCGCCGGGGCUGGAUAGGCUUCGCAAGCCGUUUAAGCCAUUGACGAUAACGCGGCCCACGAAGCCGCAGUGA